GUGAAUUUUUUAUUAGUUUAUUUCACAUUUUAGGGUAGUAUAUAUCUAUUCUCGGAACAAUGCUUGCAACAAAAGCCUCCACUAAAGAAAAUGUUGAUCCUUCUGGUAAAAAUAAAAAUGCUAUCUAUUUGCCAUUAGUGAAAGAAGAUCUAACAAUGUAUCACUGGAAUAAACAUACCCGCAUGAAAUGGACCGUGACAUACUUCUUGGGGAUUUUUUUGGUAUAUAGUGUUCGUUCUUCAAUGUCUAUAUGUGCUACAGCUAUUAGCAAAGAUUUAGGUUGGACAAAGAAAAUAUCUGGCAUGGCACUAUCUGCCUUUUUUUGUGGUUAUAUCACAACUAAUGUAUUAGGCGGUUAUUUAGCAGAUCGACAUGGUGGCGAGGUGGUGAUAUUUUACACCAGUAUUAUAUGGGCGUCAUUAACCUUGAUCUUACCUAUGCUUGUACAAUCAGAAUCAAUGCUGUAUUCUGGUACAGCUGCUAUUUUGGUUGUACGAUUUUUUACUGGCGUGGCGCAAGGUGUGUUUUUUCCAUCAAUUACCGCCAUAUUGGCUAAGCAUGUUGCUGUAUCGGAAAGAGGUUUUGUGUACGGGUUUGCUUACUCUGGAUCAUCAGUAGGAGUAAUCGUAACUGGAUUUGUUGGGUCAAUAAUUAUUGAUCACGUAGGAUGGCCUGGGGUUUUUAUUACCGUAGGGGUAUUUGCAUUAUUGUGGGUGGUUUGGAUGAAAUACCUAAGCACUCUGACAUCAUCAACAAAGCAAAGAAUACCAGAUAAAGUUUUUGUAAAGCCAACUAAGGAACCGGUACCUUGGUUGAAACUUGCAUCAUGUCCGCCUGUCUGGGCAUUGUUUGUGGCAUAUUUUUGUUGUAGUUAUUGUUUUUAUAACCUGCUUUCAUGGACGCCCGUAUAUUUCCAUGAUGCUUUCCCUGAGAGUAAAGGAUGGGUUUUUAAUGUUAUCCCAUGGCUUGCUAACUUUAUUUUAACAAACAUUUCGGGUUAUGUAGCUAACGUUCUUAUAUCCGGAGGAAUGUCGAUCACUUUUGUUCGAAAAUUAUACGCAUCAAUAUUAUUCAUUGGAAUUAUUGUGUUUUCUUUAAUGUUAACUGUUGUUGAAACAUUCAAACAAGCCUUGUUUGUCAUGAGUUUAAAUAUUGGUGUUAAUGCAUUCUCAACAUGUUCCGUUGGAUUAAAUUCGCAAGAUUUAGCACCAAAGCAUGCUGGGGCGCUUCAUGGUAUAAUGAACUGUUGCGGUGCAUUUGCAGGUUUCGUUGGAGUUUAUAUUACCGGAUAUAUCCUUGAAGUAACAAAUAUGUGGUCUUCGGUGUAUAUAUUAACGUCAAUAGUUUCUUGUAUAGGAUUAAUUGUUUAUUCGUGCUUUGGCUCUGGUGAGAGGAUCGUUUAAGGUAUUUAAAGCUUUACGCAAAACAGGAUUGUGAGAAAUUAUGGGUAAUAAAUUCAUGAAAUUUUUGCGCACGUCUUAUUUUUGCUCAGAGUCGCUCAACAAUUGGUUGUUCGAAUAUCUUAUCUUUUGCGCAUUUAAAGUUGAUGUGCGUAGAAUAUUUUUUUCAGAAGAUGCGUGAAAAUUAGAUUGUCGUAACAAUCGUAACAAGGAAUAGCAUCGAUAAUCUAUUAUUGGUGCCAAUUAACCAUAAAACAUUUUCUUUAACUGUAAUGAAGUUGAGGUUUUAUAAUCUUUUUAUUUUCAGUAAUGUAUACUAUACUAUAUCGAUGUGUCGAUAAAGAUCUUAAGUUAACCAUGUGCCCGAGAAUUGUGAACGAAACAUGACUAAACCUAGACAUGUUAAAAUUAAAUGCGUGAAAAAUUUAGACUCGAUCGAAAAUUUCAUGAAAUAAGGUAAGAGUAACGGGAAGUUUAUUGUCCCCUUCGACUGUAACGAUGUUACAUUACCGCCAGAGAUCCGUAUAGCAUUGCUCUAUCUUGCCCGCCUGCCACACAAGCCGGUUAGCGGGCAGCAGAUGGCAUCAAAUGGGAUGACAACACUACAUUUAAAAUGCUUUGAAUUUUAUAAAAACUGCAACAUGACUAUUUUAUUUUUCCUGGCUAAAAAUGACAUGCUUUUUCACGAAAGAUUUUGUGUUAAAUGUCAAAGUUAUUAAAUAUGUAUUUUUAAAGAGACCAAUAUAUUAUCUAUUUUAAAAUUAUUUAUUUAAAAUUUUCUGAAAGUUAUGUUUUUUUUUUGUUUUUAUUUUGCAGUAGAUUAGUUUUUAAUCUGUGAACGAAAGUUGGUGUGAAUUUAAUUUACUGUUUUUCCUUUUUUUCAUGUUACACAGAUUUAAUUUCGCGACUAAAGGGUUUCGAUAGAAAAUUAUUAGAUUAUUAGAUAGAUUAUUAUCCUUUUUAAAAAUCGUGUAAAAACAUUGCAAAAACAAGUUACGGUAAUUUUAUAUUGAUAGGGACCGUCAAUGAUUAGAAAUGUGUGCAUUUAACGUGGAUUUAAUUUAAAAAAAGGCGCGAAGCCUUCAACUUUUAUUCGUGCGAUAUCUUCAAAUAUAUUGACAUCUCAAUAUAUUUUAUUGAGGUAUUGACGAUAUAAUUCUUAGUUUUUAUUUACAUCUAUAUAUUUAUAUAUUCUAAUGAAUGUAAAAUCAAAAUUUUAUGAAAUAUGAGACCACAGGUUUUUAAAUGUG